GCUAUAUGUCUUUUUUGUGAUUGGACGGGACCAACGCUGGCCGGAUCGGGAAAAAGCGGCCCAAAUGUAAACAAUGUUUGCGCCGCUCCCGCGGUCCGGAUCCAGUCUGGUUUGGUUCGGCGCCGGGAUCCGCUUCCGCGUUUUGGCGACGUCCUCGCCCCUCACUAAGAUGGCUGUGUCUCGCGGAGCCUCGUGCUGGUUCGCUCGAUUUCUCGCUUGCGCUCUACUUGUGCGUUAGAAUCCCCCUCUUUUUUCACCCUUAUUUUUUAAAAAAAAAUCAAAUACACUUAAACGCGCCGCAAAAUUCACUCGCACCACCACCAGUUUAGCCGUCUCCGUAUUUUUCGCGUGUUCUCCUUCGUCCAAACUUUCCCCCCUGUCCUUGUUUUUUCUCUUUUUUUUUCUUUCCUCAAGUUGAAACGGAGUCGCGGUGGAUUUACCGGAUACCGGUCCGGACGGAGAGCAAAACCCGGGGAGGGGUGGGGGGAUGAACCGGGACGACGGGUACGUCGCGUUAAAUGCGGUUGUGUUCAAUGACUAUUCGGGGUUUAAUCGCGAGUGAGUCGCCUUGCUGAGAGAAAAGGGGCGCUGUAGAAAGAGUGGGGAGGCGCGAGAGGGGGGAUAUCAUGGCCGCUCAGGUCGCCAGCGUCGCCUCUCUCAACGCGAGCCCGCCGUCCGAACUCAAAAAACCGGAUCGGGACUCGCAGGAGGAGUCGGCGCCGGGGGAGAAGCAGCAACAGCAUGAGAACAAGGAAGCGGGGCCUGACGGUGGAUCUCCCGGCCGAAAGGAACUGCAGGACGGCGGCGACGCUGCUGGGGGAGGAGGGGAUCCUGACAUGAAGAACGGCAACGGGAAUUUGCCCAGGGUAAAUAAUAAUAGCGGUAAUCAGAACGAUUCCGGCGGGCCCGAAGGGAAUAACCAUCCCGGCGUGGGACACCACCACUCGGGCCCCUUCCCACCACCUCCUUACGGCUUCAACCAGCACUACAGCCGGGCCCCUUUUCAUCAACAUGGCGGACAACAAAGCCCUGGCAUGGCAGCAGCGUCGGGGCCGGGCAUGAUGGACCCUUACCCCGCCAAUUCCCACGAACAUGGCUACCCCAACCACUAUAACAACUACAGCCAGUUCCCGAGCAGGACUUCCUAUCAGGGUCAGGGCUACGGGGCCAUGAGUUCCCCGCGGAACAGCCAGCCCCCGGCGGCUGGGGGGCAGCCAGGCAAGCAGCAGCAGCCAGCGGCGGCGGCGGCAGGAGGAGGAAUGGCCGCCGCCGCCUCCUAUAACAACCAGAGGUAUAAUAUGGGAAGCCAGCAACCCACGUCGACGCCGACUUUAAACCAGCUGCUCACGUCCCCCAGCUUGGCCAGGAGCUACCCCAACUACCCGCAGGGAGACUACAACAACCAGGAAGGGGGCACCAAGUCGUCGUCGUCGGCGGCGGCGGACAUGGUGAGUGGCUACAGCGGGGUCCAUCCGGGUUGGCAACAACGGGCCCACCACCCGCCUCCCAUGAGCCCGGGGAACACCGCACAAGCCCCCAGUCGGAACCAGCCUGCAAGCCCAAUGGAUCAGGUGGGGAAGAUGCGUGGCCAACCAUAUGGAGGACCCAAUCCUUAUUCCCAACAACAACAACAGCAGCAGCAGCAGCAGCAGCAAGGGCCUCCCACAGGACCCGGACCCCAGCAAGCCAGCUCCUAUCCAGGGCAGGGCUACGGACCUCCGGGCCCCCAAAGAUAUCCGAUGGGGAUGCAGGGUCGAACACCAGGCACCAUGGGCACCAUGCAGUACGCGCAACAGAUGUCCGCGUAUGGACAACAGGGGCCAGGAGGCUACGGGCAGCAAGGCCAAGGCUACUAUGGUCAACACGGCGGCCCUCCUCACCCAUCCCAACAACAGACACCUUACCCCGGCCAACAGCAGGGGAGCUCCGGAGCGCCCUUCCCCCAGCAGGGGCACCCUUCGCAGCCGCCCGGCCAACACGGGCAACCCGGGCCCCCUUACUCCCAAUCCCAAGGUCCCCACGGCCCUUCCGCCGGACAGGCGCCCUAUGUAUCCCCCCAGCAACAGUCGAGCCAACAGCAGCAGCAAGGUCCUGGUCCUCAGAACCCGCAAGGCUCCCAAGGGCAGCCUGGCUACCCUCAGGCCUCUGCGCCAGGUCAGCCUACACAGCAGCAAACACCCCCGCAGCAGCAACAAGGGGCACCACCGCCACCACCAACACAGCAACAGCCACAGCAGCAACCAGGAAGUCAACCGCCUCAAUCCCAACAACCUCCGAGUCAUGGCCAGCAGAGUCAGGCGUCGCCAUAUUCGCAGACACCCCCGCUGCCGCAGCAACAACCACUACAGCAGCAGCAGUCGCCAUAUCAGAGGUUCCCGCCCCCUCCCCAGGAACUCUCCCAAGAUUCAUUUAGCUCCCAGUCCAGUGCGCCUCCUUCCAACCAGCCCAUGCCUUCCAACAAGAGCAGUCAAGAAGACAGCAUGCAGGGUCGGCCGUCCAGUUUGCCGGAUCUAUCAGGCUCCAUCGAUGACCUUCCCACAGGCACGGAGGGCGCCCUGAGCCCGGGCGUCAGCACCUCGGGGGUGUCCAGCAGCCAGGGGGAGCAGAGCAACCCCGCCCAGUCGCCUUUCUCGCCGCACACGUCACCCCACCUACCGGGCAUCCGCGGGCCCUCGCCGUCACCCGUGGGCUCACCCGCCAGCGUCACGCCCUCUCGCACGGGCCCGCUGUCCCCCGCCGCUGUGCCAGGUAAUCAGAUGCCUCCCCGGCCGCCCAGCGUCCAGUCCGACAGCAUCAUGCACUCUUCCAUGAACCAGUCGGCCAUGGGCCAAGAUAGGGUGUACAUGCGUAACCCACAGAUGCCUCCCUACGGGUCCCCGGGACAACCUGGCUCUGCCUUAUCUCCACGCCAGUCCUCUGGAGGGCAGAUGCAUAGCGGAAUGGGACCCUAUCCCCAGAACAACUCCAUGGGAAAUUACGGCCCUCAGGGGGGUCAGUACGGCCCUCAAGGUUAUCCCAGGCCACCCGGCUACUCAGGGAUGCCCAAUGCCAACUACCCUAGCGGCCCCGGCAUGGGCGGUUCCAUGAAUCCCAUGCCCGGCCAGGGCAGCGGGGCACCCUACGGAAACAUGCCCCCCGGCGGCAGAGUAGUCCCGGGCCAGAUGGGCGCCAGGCCCUACGGUCCCGGGAUGGCCUCCAAUAUGGGCAACAUGCCUCCUCAGGUGGUCUCCGGAAUGUGCCCGCCUCCGGGAAUGAACAGGAAAGACGGCGGGCCUUCCAUGCAUCACGGACCCGCCAACUCCAUACACAACAGGCCACCCGGCUACCCCAUGUCGCAAGGCAUGAUGGGUUCGGCUUCUCCGUACGGCCCGGCCAUGAACAGCAUGCACAGUAUGAUGAACCAGGGAGGUCCCGGUCCGUAUCCCAUGGGGGCAAACAUGGGCAACAACACCCCCGGAAUGGCUCCUAGUUCAGAGUUCGGCAUGGACAAAAUCAACCAGGCCCAGAAGAUGAACAACAAAGUGGAUGGGACUCCGAAGCCUGAAUCCAAAAAGAAGUCGAGUUCUUCUACCAUCACCAACGAGAAGAUCACUCGCCUGUACGAACUCGGCCCAGAGCCCGAGAGGAAGUUGUGGGUGGACCGCUACCUGGCUUUCACCGAGGAGAAAGCCAUGGGCAUGAAUAACCUCCCCGCCGUGGGACGCAAGCCUCUGGACCUGUUCAGACUCUACGUGUCCGUCAAGGAGAUCGGAGGCCUGACGCAGGUCAACAAGAACAAGAAAUGGCGAGAGCUCGCCACCAACCUUAACGUGGGCACGUCGAGCAGCGCGGCCAGUUCCCUCAAGAAGCAGUACAUCCAGUGUUUGUACGCCUUCGAGUGCAAGAUUGAGCGCGGCGAGGAGCCGCCCCCAGAUUUCUUCAAUACGGACACCAAAAAGAGCCAACCGAAGAUCCAGCCACCCAGUCCCGCUGGUUCUGGAUCGCUCCAGGGCCCCCAGACUCCUCAGUCCACCAGUAGUUCCAUGGCGGAGGGGGGAGAGUUGAAGCCUCCCACCCCGGCCUCCACCCCUCACACCCAAAUGCCUCCGAUGCCCGGUGCCAGGAGUAGCGUCAACCUGCAGGACCCCUUUGCCGAUUCCAGCGACCCGGCAUUUUCCAGAAGGAACGCCAUGACCCCCAACUCUCAGAACUACCAACCCGGAAUGGGCGGCCCCGAGAUGAUGGGUCGGAUGGGUCCCUACGAGUCCAACAAGGACCCUUUUGGUGGCAUGAGGAAAGCUGGAGAACAGUUCAUGCCACCCGGUCCGAAUAGCGGGAUGGGAGAGCAGUACAACAGAGGCCCACCAGGACCCAUGGGAAAUCUGCCAAUGGGGCAGAGGCAACAAUAUCCUUAUGGCUAUGACCGCAGGCAAGAGUCAAGCAUGGGUCCCGACGGCAGCAUGGGACCCGGAGCGGCUCAGCCCAACCUGAUGCCUUCCGGAGCCGACGCGGGGAUGUACUCGCCCAGCCGACCGCCGCCUCAGCAACGACAUGACUCCUAUGCCAAUCAGUAUUCUGGCCAAGGAGCGCCCCCUGGCGGUCCGUAUCCAAACCAGCAACCAGGAAUGUAUCCACAGCAACAACCGAACUACAAGCGUCCCGUGGACGGUGGCUACGGCCCCCCCGCCAAGCGCCACGAGGGGGAAAUGUACAACGUCCCUUACAGCGGUCAGCAGCCCCCGGGACCUCAAUCUUCCGGGCCUCAAGGCCAGCAGGACAUGUAUAAUCAAUACAACGCCUACCCCGGAGGGGAGCGGAGGCCCCCGGGUCCGCAGAACCAGUUCCCCUUUCCCUUCGGCCGGGACCGCGGACCGUCGUCCGGCGGGCCCAAUUCCCAGUCGCCGAUGCCCCCGCAGAUGAUGGCGAGCCCCAUGCCCUCGGGUCCCGACGGCCCCCAAGGCCCCAUUUGGCAAGGCCGCAACGAAAUGGGCUACCCCAACUAUCACAACCGCCAGGGGCCCCCCGUGCCCGGCCAGGCCCCCGUCUAUCACGGCAUGAACCGGUCAGAGGAGAUGAUGCCGUCGGAUCAGCGCAUGAACCACGACGGCGGCCCCUGGCCCGGCCACGUCAACCAGAGGCAACCUCCCUUCGGCCCCGGCGGUUCCGGCCCCCCCAUGACGAGACCCCUGCCGUCGACUUAUCAGGCGUCGCAGAACCACAUUGCUCAGGUGUCCAGUCCGGCGCCCGUGCCCCGGCCCAUGGAGAGCAGGACGUCGCCCAGCAAGUCCCCCUACAUGCACCCGGGCAUCAAGGUGCAGAAAGCCGGACCGCCGGUGCCCGCCUCCCACAUUGGGCAGUCCCCCGUGCAGCAGCCAAUGAUGCGGCGGGACGCGGGCUUUCCCCCCGGUUCCGUGGAAUGCUCACAACCGCACCUCAAGCCACGGAGACGGCUAACCAUGAAGGACAUCGGCACACCUGAAGCGUGGCGUGUGAUGAUGUCACUGAAGUCAGGGUUGUUAGCGGAGAGCACCUGGGCCUUGGACACCAUCAACAUCCUACUCUAUGACGACAACAGCAUCACCACUUUCAACUUGUGCCAGCUGCCUGGAUUCCUGGAACUGGUGGUGGAGUACUUCAGGCGGUGCCUGAUCGAGAUCUUCGGCAUCCUGAAGGAGUACGAAGUGGGCGAUCCCGGCCAGCGCACCCUCCUCGACCCCGACGCCGCCGAGGACUCGGACGACGACGUGCCGAUGCCCGAGGGGGAGCUCGUCGGCACGGACGAAGAGGACGACGACGAGGACGAGGAGGCGGCCGACGCCGGGGUGCGGGUGAAGGAGGAGGAAGAGGAGGAGAGGUCCCAAAAAGACGGGGGCGAGGAAAAGCCAAGGGUCAAGGAACCUGCUACCUCAGGGUCUUCCCAGGACCCCGUUGCGGAGAAGCCCAAGCAGGCGAGCAAGUUUGACAAACUCCCCAUCAAGGUGGUACGCAAGAAGAACCCCUUCCAGGGCAGCCACGCGUCCAAACUGGGCCAGCGGCAGAGCUUCGACAGCGGCCUGGUCCACUGGAGCGUGGGCGGCGGCGAUAUCACCGAGCACAUCCAGACCCACUUCGAGAGCCGCGUCAGCCGCCUCAAGACCCGCAAGCGCCCGCCCAAGGAGACCAGAGCGGGGCCCGACGUCCCGCGCUCGGCGGUCCCGCAGCUCCCGACGGCGGCGGGCGCCCCGGUGACCGCCACCAUCGACGACGUCCUGUCGGCGCGGCCGGGCUCCGUCACGGAGGAGGCGGUGCGGGGCGGCGCCGAGGAGCAAAAGGAGAACGGCAAGUACCUGUUCAGCAUCAACCCCGAGCUGCAGAGCCGGCGCAACGUGAAGAUUCUGGAGGACGAGCCGCACAGCAAGGACGAGACGCCGCUCAGCACGCUGGCCGACUGGCAGGACUCGCUGGCGCGGCGCUGCGUCUGCGUGUCCAACAUCGUGCGCAGCCUCUCCUUCGUGCCGGGCAACGACCAGGAGAUGUCCAAGCACCCGGGCCUGCUUCUGCUCCUGGGCCGCCUGGUCCUGCUGCACCACCGGCACCCCGAGCGCAAGCAGGCGCCCGUCACCUACGAGAAGGAGGACGAGGAGGACGAGGGCGUGAGCUGCGAGCGCGACGAGUGGUGGUGGGACUGCCUGGAGGUUCUGCGGGAGAACUGCCUGGUGACUUUGGCCAACAUCUCGGGCCAGCUGGACCUGUCCGUGUACUCUGAGAGCAUUUGCCUGCCGCUUCUGGACGGGCUGCUCCACUGGGCCGUGUGUCCCUCGGCCGAGGCCCUGGACCCCUUCCCCACGCUGGGCCCGCACGGCUCUCUGUCGCCGCAGAGACUGGUCCUGGAGACCCUGAGCAAGCUGAGCAUCCAGGACAACAACGUGGACCUGAUCCUGGCCACGCCGCCCUUCAGCCGGCUGGAGAAGCUGUAUGGCGCCCUGGUGCGGCUGGUGGGCGAGCGCAAGGCGGCCGUGUGCCGCGAGAUGGCCGUGGUGCUGCUGGCCAACCUGGCGCACGGCGACGGCCUGGCGGCGCGCGCCAUCGCCGUGCAGAAGGGCAGCGUGGGCAACCUGCUGGGCUUCCUGGAGGACAGCCUGGCCGCCACGCAGUACCAGCAGAGCCAGAGCACGCUGCUCCAGAUGCAGGCGCACUUCGAGCCCACCAGCGUGGACAUGAUGCGCAGGGCGGCGCGGGCCCUCCACGCCCUGGCCCGGCUGGAGGAGAACCACUCGGAGUUCACGCUGUACGAGUCGCGGCUGCUGGACGUGUCCGUGUCGCCGCUCAUGAACUCCAGCGUGUCGCAGGUCAUCUGCGACGUACUCUUCCUCGUGGGCCAGUCGUGACAGCCGUGGGGGCCCUCCUUCCGUUCCCCCGGCGCCCUGACUUUUUUUGUGAGCGAAACUUUUUGACUGUCCUACGAUUUUAUUUUCUUUCUUUUUUUUUUUUUUUUUUUUUUUUUUUUUUUUUUUAAUUUAUGCAAAAUCACCUCGGAUUCCACUGUCUUUCUCCCUCUACUGCGAAAAGGAAGGAAUACCAUGAAGUAGAAAGAUAACCGCGGGAGAAGAAUGGAUGGGGAAGCCCCCCCCCCCCCCCGCCCCCACACCCACCCCUCCUCGCUUAGCCCUGAAACGACUUGUUUUUUUUUUUUAAUGAAAAUACAAAAAUAUCCCUAAAAAAAAAAAAUAAUAACUGUAACCAAAGUUGCUGUCUCGUUUACAGUCAGUUUUGGGGAAGCUUGCUUUCUCCCCCCGAGAACUCGGGAUUGCUGUAAUGCCCCCCCCCCCCCCACACCUACAAAUACAAACACACCACAUCCGGGGGGGCGGACACGUGUGCUCUCCUGUGCAGUAGAUUGUAGGAUUUUAUUUUAUUUUUUUUUCUCCCCCCCCCCCCCCUGUACUGUACACCUUCAAAAAAAAAAAAAAAGUGUCGACAUACUGUAAUAAUACUGUUUCACACUGAGAUACGCCGGCUUGGCAGCAAACUGUAGUUUUUGUCGAAAGCGACGGCCUCCCCGACCCCCCCCCCCCCCCGCCCCCGCCCCUCAAAAGUACGGUGAACCUACAACACCCCGACCUCUUCUUCUUCUUCUUCUCUUUUGUCCCUCGAUUGUAUGCCGUUCUUCUCGGACCGCUCCUCGACGCUCGAUCCAAGCAGACCCGCCCGGCUGCGCUGUGUAUAUAAACCAUGUUGUACAUGAAUUACACCCCCCCCCCCCGCCCCCAAAAAUCCCCUACACCCCCCACCCCUCACCCCCUUCCUUAUCUCUCUUGUGCGCGCUCUCUCUCUUUUCGUUCCCAAUUCUGUCGCUUCACCGUUUUUAAAAAUUACCACUUAAGACACACAAGACACACGAGGCUGUCUGGUGCGGCUGUAGAGAAUAUUGAAAAAAAAUAUUAAAAAAACGAGAAAAAAAAGUCUUGAGUAACAGCUAGACCUUGAUGAAGAAAGUUUUUAUUUUUUUUUUUUCCAGUGAUGCGGAUUCUGCAUAUUUGUAUUUCAGAUGUAGCUAAAAACUUGAUGUAAAGUUCCUCCCUCUAUGCCCCCAUUUUUUUUCUCCCCCCCCACCCCACCCCGAAGACCCACCUCCCCUUUUUUUGGCUCAAUGAAUAUCAUUUAUUCAGUAUCAAAUCUUUAUACUAUAUGUUCCACGUGUUAAGAAUAAAUGUACAUUAAAUCUUGCUAAGAGCUUUGCUGUGGAUUUAUUCAGUACCUGUAUUGAAAGUAGUAUUUUAUAUUCCUCAAAUAAAAGUAUGUUAAUUUAUGUUAAUGAAACUGCUUUUCUUUUGAAAAUGACGACCCUAAGUGACUAAUCUUUGAAAUGAUGUGCAUAUUUAUACGACAGUGAACCUGUUUUUUGUGAUCAAUAGUCCAGACAAACUUGUAAUAGAUGGGAUUCAAUGUACGUUGAAAUGCCAUAGAUAUGCUAGUCAUGGUUAGCAUAGAUACUUUUAAACUACAGACGUAGUGGUACACGCCUGCGUUUAGCGCGGGAUCGAUUCCCGCUCAGUGAUGGUGUCUAUCUGCCCUGCGACUGACUGGCGACCAGUUCAGGGUGUAGUCUGCCUGUCAGGCUCCAGCUUUCCCGCAACCCUUGUGAGGAUAAGCGGCUUGGAUCAUAACAUGACUUUUAAACUGUUACAUUUACCCAUGGGGUAGAAACAAGUCCAGAUUGUCUCCUUUGUAAAACUUUAAUUUGCUCAAACAUUAACAGAAAAAAUUACAUCUUUCCCCAUUCUGUAAAUUUAAUGAAAUUUCAUAAUUCCCCCCCACCCUCAUAUUGU